AAGGGGUCCGGUUCGUGUAGACGCCGGUUCGGCGCCGUCUUCUUGUCCGAUUGCCGACGGUUGGCCUGGCGGAAGCAAUGCUCCCCUGAAAAGUGAAAUCUCUGCCCCCUCUGUCUCUCUCUCUCUUUUCUGUCGACCGCCAUGGCUUCACUAUCGACCGCUCUGCUCCUACCACCCUGUCCUUCUUCUCUCGUCCACAACCCAAACCUCCGAGUCUCGUUCAUCCGCAGUCAAAGCUUCACCUACCGGAUAAACACUCAGCUCCGGCGAGCUUCAUCUCGUUCACCCAAUUUCUCUCAGGAAGGAGCUAACUUGGGAGCGGACCCGGUGAGCGGCGAGAGGAUCUGGAGCCGCACGAUCAGUUCGGUGUACGGCGUGGAUCGCGAGUUCGGAGACGAGGAAGAUGACAGCGACGAGGAGGAAGAUCGCAGCUUGGACCUGCUGGUGAGGUUUGUCCAGAAUGUGUUCAGGAAAAUUUCCAAGAGAGCCAGGAGGGCAGUCCGAUCGGUUUUGCCUCUGUCAAUUCCUACCGAGCUGGUCGGAUUUUCUGUGAAUGGAGUUCUGGUGCUGGCGUUCUUGUGGGUUCUGAAGGCGUUUCUCGAGGUGGUGUGCACCCUUGGAAGUGUCGUGUUUGUGAGCAUCCUGCUGAUCCGUGGUGUAUGGACAGGAGUUGCCUAUCUACAAGAGGCACGUUACCACAAGCUGAACGGUGUCAAUGAUGACCCCCGAGCCUGGACAAAUGCACAGCCUGUGACUUGAUUUCAUUACCAAGGAUCCAUCAACAUUUAAGCAUGUGGAACCAACCACACAUGAUAACAGCAAAAACCUUACUGAAAGCCCAUCUUAGACGAUGAGCUUUUCGGACAAGGAAGAGAUGCAGCAGAAUGCUUAUAGAGCUUUAAUUAUCAAGAAUAAUGUUUAGGCAAAAUAACCUCUUUCAUGUAUGUAUUCUUUCCCAGUAGGCAAGACUAUACUCGUAAUCGAGCUUACUUAGCUGUUAUAUGAGGUUAAACGUUUCUUGCAACCUCUGCAACACUUAAAAUCGUAUUUGUAUAAUGUCGGGGUAUAAGAUCACUCAAAUUUUGUA